AUGGCAGGAGUUUGGUUCGGAGUUUCAGAUGCAUCUUAUGCAUGCAUUGCCAUCGUCCUCGCUGAGCUUUUGGUGAUUCUCUGCCUGAGUCUGUAUCUUUUCUACCCGACGAAAGACGGGUCUGGCAUUCCUGAAAUCGCUGGAUGCGAUGUCGCCGAUCCUGAAUUCAAACGCGGUCGAGUUUCCGAGUCGAAAUCGCUCUUGAACUCGGACUCAUCCAGCCUCGCCAAUUUUCUUCCUGUUCCAAAAAGCGCCAAGAUUCAGGCAAAGCCAUCCGAACCAACCUAUGUCCGUCAAAACUCCCUUCACCCUCUUCCAGAGCCGAUUGUCAACGAUUCCUCACCAGUUGAUGAACCAAUACCAUCAAAAAAUGAACCGGAGAAGCCAAAAACACCAAUUUUUCUCGAACCAAAAGUCGAAGUCCCCGUCGAAAAAUCAUCCGGCGUCGAUGAAGAGCGAAAAAGACGAAAAUCAGUCGACUUUCUGAUUUCAGAAAAGACUGGCAGUGAAGAUUUGAGCGUGAUAAAAGAGGACAUCAAGGAAGAAAUCACGCGGGAGGAAACGACUCAUCGAGAAGUGACGCCGAUUUCACCAACGAUGGAAAAAAUCAAGACGGAAAGGGAAAUCAUCACAACGACAAAGACGGUGAAGACGUUUUCAAACCUAACCGUUCCAGAAACCGAGCAGCCUGAUGUCUCCACUGCUUCUACAGCUGAAGUCCGAACAGACCCAGCGCACGUCGACUCGAUGACAAACGAAGCCAUGAGCAAUAUUCAAGAGCCCGGGCUGUCAACAGUUGCUUCUAUUUCGAUUUCUGACAUGACUAUCUCCAGCUCUUCGAACAUGUCCUCUUCUAUCGACAUCAGCGCGACCGUGCUCUCAAUCGAUUCUCCCGAAGAAACAACUUCCAGCGGGAGUGAAUUCGAAAAAGAAGAAUUGAAAAUUUCUGAAAUCAAAAAUGAAAAACAAUAA